GCAUGGGCACUGUGGCGCCCCUUCUGUUAUUAUAAUGCCACUAUCAUUUCUCCUUUGAAAAUGGCGGCGAGUCACGGAGGCGGAGGAGCAGCCACGGCUCUGCAAAGCCAUAACUACCCGACUGGACCACACUGGAACCCGGGUACCUUUCAUCCCCAGCACCAUCUCCACACGGCGCGGAGCUUGGAUCGCGCCCUGGAGGAAGCGGUGUGCUCGGGGAUGCUUAGCAUUAGCGGGAGGAAACUGAAAGAUUUCCCCGGGAUGAGCUAUGAUUUGACCGAUACAACACAGGCAGAUCUCUCAAAGAACCGUUUUCUUGAAAUCCCUCCAGAAGUGUGUCUCUUUGCUCCUCUAGAGUCGUUAAACCUGUACCACAACUGCAUCAAGGGGAUCCCAGAAGCCAUCAUAAACCUACAGAUGUUAACAUACUUAAAUAUCAGUCGAAAUCUUCUAUCAACACUGCCAAAAUACUUGUUUGACCUUCCUCUAAAAGUUUUAGUACUGAGUAAUAACAAGCUUGUAUCGAUUCCAGAGGAAAUUGGGAAAUCAAAAGACUUAAUGGAGCUGGAUAUCAGCUGCAAUGAGAUUCAGGUCCUUCCUCGGCAGAUGGGAAAGCUACAUUCCCUCCGAGAGCUCAACAUUAGAAGGAACAACCUCCAGGUGCUUCCAGAGGAGCUGGCCAACCUUCCUCUGGUCAGGUUAGACUUCUCCUGCAACAGAAUCACAGACAUUCCAGUUAACUAUAGGAAGUUAAGACAGCUUCAGGUGAUUGCACUGGAUAACAACCCAAUGCAGUCCCCUCCAGCACAGAUUUGCUUAAAGGGUAAAGUACACAUUUUUAAAUACCUAAACAUCCAGGCCUGCAGAAUAGACAAGAAGCCGGACUCUCUUGACCUGCCUUCGUUAGGCAAAAGGAUCCUAUCGCAGCCUCUGACAGACAGCAUGGAAGAUUUCUACCCCAGUAAAAGCCACGGCCCGGACUCAGGCAUUGGCAGUGACAAUGGGGACAAGCGCUUAUCCACGACAGAGGUGAGGGCUCUGCUCCCUGCGGAUUCCCAUUUGUGUUUCAGUUUGCCAUCUGACGAUGACACCAUCAGCCUGCACUCUCAGGUAUCAGAAAGCACGCGGGACCAGGUCAAAGCAGACAGCCACUCCGCUGGAACCAGGCCUGACGUGAAUAAAGAUCAAGAGCCAUAUGAUUACAUCGACCCCAACACAGAGGAAGACACGCCCCUCUCCGAGCCGGGGGAUGUGCAGAUCGGUGAGCCCUUCAUGUCCUGUAUGAAGGAGCUUGGGAGAGUCUUGAGUAAAUCACACAGAAUAGAGGAAAAUGACAAUGGGACAGAAGAGUGGAGCACUCAGAAAGAGCAGCAGCUUGCUGAGGAGGAAGAGGAGGAGGUGGAGCUGAAGGAGGUCAUUGACCUGCGGAAGAUAGCGGUGCAGUUACUGCAGCAGGAACAGCAGAACAGACGGAGGCCUUUAGUAUGUAGAGCCACACUCAAUGAGAACCUAAUCCAGAGGAGAAGGGCGGCUGGACGGGCACAGAGGUUUCUUAGCCAGUCCUCUAGCAGUUCAAGUAACAGACAGAAGCCUUCCGACUAUAAUAGAAGUGUGUCCGCGGAGGAGGGCAGCACACCAGUGUCCCCACACAGCUGUAUGGAGCCAGAGUUCACUGAUGAAGACACUGCAUUCUCUCAGUCUUCGGGCUCUUUGGAGGAUAAUUCAAAGCAGGAUCAAACGGACUCGGAGACUCACCCUGUGUUUCAUAACGAAGAGAGGCGGCGAAAUAAAUAUUUAAGAAAAGAUUAUAUCAAGUAUAAAUGCCAGAGCUCUUCAAGAAAAAGCUCGAGUGGAAAUGAAAAUGACAGUGAGGAUGGCAUUAAACCUACAGAAUACAGCACAACGCUGACAGUGUUUGGUCUCAAGCCCAGAACAGCAUUCACCCGACCAAGCCGGCAUGACAGUAGCUCUGCAGACCCCGGGUUCACCAUGCGGAGGAAAAUGGAGCAUCUAAGAGAAGAAAUGGAGCAGAUCCGGCAGCUUCGCCAUAACCUUGAGUCCAGGCUGAAAGUCAUGCUGCCAGAUGAUGUUGGUGCUGCUUUGAUGGAUGGCGUCGUCCUUUGUCAUUUAGCUAAUCACAUUCGACCUCGUUCCGUGGGCAGCAUUCAUGUGCCCUCCCCAGCAGUGCCUAAGUUAAGUAUGGCGAAGUGCAGAAGAAAUGUUGAAAACUUCUUGGAUGCGUGUAAGAAGCUGGGUGUUCCACAGGAAAAACUGUGUUUGCCUCACCAUAUUUUAGAAGAACGAGGAAUGGUAAAAGUUGGCAUAACGGUCCAAGCUCUUCUAGAACUGCCCGCAUCACGACCGACGCAGCUGUCUGCUGUGUAGUGCAGCUCUGUUAAAUAUCACUUUCAGCCUUGAGUUCAUUACUGUUUGUGCACAAAACACUGUCUUUGCCAAUAUCUGAAAAUAUGAUGUAAAUACAAUCCCAGAUUUGAUACCUGGAAAGGAACAUACCACACUUUCUGUCAUUUUAUUUUGCUUAUUAAAGACAAAAUAGUUCCAAAUGCAAUUUUAAAGUUAUGGAUAAACUACCCAUGGUUUUAAUAAUUAUAGAAACUCAAUGGUAACGUAUACACAAAAAAAAAGAAUUCCGGAAAAAUGCUUCAACAAAGUCUUCAGCUGUUCAGGCAGUGGUCAGUUACCAGAUUUGAUUUGAUUAACUAAUACCCUGCUGAGAUAAAGCACAGCUUACAGCAUUUUCCACCUGUCAACAGCAAACAAAUCAUUACCCCAAAAAAUAGGCGAUGCCAUCCAGGGGGUAGAAGGGGUAGAAGUCGACCAAAUCAGCCCCUAAAUAUGAAUCGCUCUGUAGUGUUAGCAGGAGGGCCAGGCUCAGCAGAUGGCCGCUGUCCAGAAUAUUAUUUCAGAUACAUAGUUUACAUUUUUCCUGUAGCGUUCAGCAACGAAUGGUGAGACGUGCCAGCCAUAAUGAAUGGUAUGCAUUCAUUCAGUGAGAAGUGCCAAUCUAGGUGCUUUUUAUGCUUACACUUGAAGUGCUUGUGAAUUUGGCAUUGAGCAUUUCCUUAGUUAUUUAUUUUUGUCACAUUGUCCAUCACAGGAGGGUAGUUUCCAAGCUGUACUUUUGAAAAUACAGAAGUUUUUUUUUUGUUUGUUUUUGUUCUUCUUUAUCAUGCUGCAUACAGUUUUGGAGAAAAAACAAUCUGUACAUUAUCAUUAAGUAUUUGUAUUUAUUUAAUUUGAAAACUCUUUUAAGAACGGAACAUCAGACCUGCGGAUGCCCUGUUCAUUGUAGAUUCAUUGUAAAGAGUGAUUGGCAUUGGUUAUUGAGUUAAUGUGUCCUAGCUUGUGCUGCCAGAGCCCUAGAAAACCUUUAGUUACACAAAUGAAUAUUGUAUCUGGUAAAAUAAGACGUUUGAACAGAAAGCUGGUAAAUAUUACUGUGUUUUUAAAUUUCCAAAAGUGAAAUGAAAGAUUUUAUGCUAAAAUAUAAAGCUUUACCUGCAUUUAAGGUAGAGGAGCCUUUUACAAAGUGCUCAAAAACCAGAGCUCUUAAAAAUACAGCCCUGAAACUGCACUGAGUCACUGAUUCCAUUAGAAGUCUUUAUUUUCACUCUCCUUUAGUAGUCUUUCCUCUGUCAUCUCCAGUCUGGAUUAUUUAUUAUACUGAAAAGAUUCAUAUGGGAUUUAGCAAAUGUAUUAAUAAUACCAUGGUAAUUGAUUUUAUAUAAUCCUAAUAAGUAAUCCAAUACAUCUUCUGGGAUAUCGGGUACUUUACUUGUUUUGUGUUUUACUUCAUCACUUUGAAAAACUGUUAAGAUGACAAACUUUUUUUGUAUUAGCUGUAUAGGGGGCUGUAGAGAAUGCACUGCAGUGGAUCACCUGCUUAUGAUACUAGCUGUAUGAUGUAGAGAACGCACUGCAGUGGAUCACCUGCUUAUGAUACUAGCUGUAUGAUGUAGAGAAUGCACUGCAGUGGAUCACCUGCUUAUGAUACUAGCUGUAUGAUGUAGAGAAUGCACUGCAGUGGAUCACCUGCUUAUGAUACUAGCUGUAUGAUGUAGAGAACGCACUGCAGUGGAUCACCUGCUUAUGAUACUAGCUGUAUGAUGUAGAGAACGCACUGCAGUGGAUCACCUGCUUAUGAUACUAGCUGUAUGAUGUAGAGAACGCACUGCAGUGGAUCACCUGCUUAUGAUACUAGCUGUAUGAUGUAGAGAACGCACUGCAGUGGAUCACCUGCUUAUGAUACUAGCUGUAUGAUGUAGAGAACGCACUGCAGUGGAUCACCUGCUUAUGAUACUAGCUGUAUGAUGUAGAGAAUGCACUGCAGUGGAUCACCUGCUUAUGAUACUAGCUGUAUGAUGUAGAGAACGCACUGCAGUGGAUCACCUGCUUAUGAUACUAGCUGUAUGAUGUAGAGAACGCACUGCAGUGGAUCACCUGCUUAUGAUACUAGCUGUAUGAUGUAGAGAACGCACUGUAGUGGAUCACCUGCUUAUGAUACUAGCUGUAUGAUGUAGAGAACGCACUGCAGUGGAUCACCUGCUUAUGAUACUAGCUGUAUGAUGUAGAGAACACACUGCAGUGGAUCACCUGCUUAUGAUACUAGCUGUAUGAUGUAGAGAACGCACUGCAGUGGAUCACCUGCUUAUGAUACUAGCUGUAUGAUGUAGAGAACGCACUAGCUGUUAGGUGUUUGACCUAUCUUUAAAUGUCACUUCCAUAUGUUUUAUUGGGUCCUCAAUGAAAUGCUGUGAAACCUGGAAAUGUAUUUUAGUUCAAAUUCAUACUGUGUGUUAUGUUCUGAAAUAAUAUCUGAGGAUAUUUUAAAGUCCAUGUUCAUGUACUACCACACACCUGGACCCUUCUUUGCGAGCACAUGACACUAAUUUAUAGAUAAUCCAAAUGGAAAAGUUCAGGUUUCAUCUGAUUAGAUCCCUUCAGAUCUGGGCAAGGUGAACCAUCAUAAAUAUACUGCCACGAAGCUGUCUUUAGCAUUCUACACCAAGCAUUCCAAUAUUGAUUUAAUAUAGUCAAUUCUCAUUAAUGUGAAUUUCAAGGGAUUAGCAAAGAAAAUUCUUAUCAAGAGUCUAAAGCCAAGUGUAUACUGUCAGUUUUUUGUUGAAGUUUCAUUAACACUGAAAUCAAAUGUUUAUUUCAGAACAAUGAAAAGUAUUGUACAUUUAAAAGUUCUGUGCAUUUUAUAAAAAAUAUGGCUGUAACUGAACUUUUAGAAAGUGUACAUUGUAAAUGAACUGCACUUGAAACCUGCAUGUCUCAUUCUGACCACAGGCAUUUUGAAACCACAAAAGCAAGGCGUCCUCAACAUCAGGGUAUCGAGUAAAUCGGAAACACUGAAGACUUGCAUCCACAGUUUGCUGUUCAUAAGCCUGUACUGUUGCAUCCCAGUUUUUCAGAUGCACAGUUUGCUGUUCAUAAGCCUGUACUGUUGCAUCCCAGUUUUUCAGAUGCAGUUUGCUGUUCAUAAGCCUGUACUGUUGCAUCCCUGUUUUUCAGAUGCACAGUUUGCUGUUCAUAAGCCUGUACUGUUGCAUCCCAGUUUUUCAGAUGCACAGUUUGCUGUUCAUAAGCCUGUACUGUUGCAUCCCUGUUUUUCAGAUGCACAGUUUGCUGUUCAUAAGCCUGUACUGUUGCAUCCCAGUUUUUCAGAUGCACAGUUUGCUGUUCAUAAGCCUGUACUGUUGCAUCCCUGUUUUUCAGAUGCACAGUUUGCUGUUCAUAAGCCUGUACUGUUGCAUCCCAGUUUUUCAGAUGCAGUUUGCUGUUCAUAAGCCUGUACUGUUGCAUCCCAGUUUUUCAGAUGCACAGUUUGCUGUUCAUAAGCCUGUACUGUUGCAUCCCAGUUUUUCAGAUGCACAGUUUGCUGUUCAUAAGCCUGUACUAUUCUUGUAUCCCAGUAUUCAUGGGAAUGUUUUGAAAUCUGCAGCAGCAUCUUUCUUUUUUUUGUACAGUGGUGCGUUAUCCACCGCUUUCAACAUCUCAAUUUUUGUCUGCAAGGAUAGUGCAUGUUUUUGCGUGAGCACUAUGGCAACUCAGUAUGCAUCAUGGGAUCUGUUGUCCCUAAACAGCACUAAAAUACAGUACAUACAUACAUUUCCCCAUAUCUUUUCCACUCAACUGUUUGAACUAGGGCAUUUAGUUGUAUUCACAUUUUUCUUACCUGGGAGGGCUCCAAAAUAUUUUGCACUAACAGGAAAUCUGUGUUAAGUGGAUUCAUAUUAUAAGUAGUAAUUUACAAUAAGCGACUGCUAAAUUUGGCCGGGACUCUGUGGAAGAUUCUUACUAUCAGGAAAUGUGUCAAAUGAGAGUUUGUUUGAACAAGACUGUAUAAAUAACAGACAUGGAGUACAAGGAGCUCUUUGCUUAUGUUUUUGAUGUCUUCAGACAGUUGUGAUCACUCUCACAUACCAUAAAUACAUUUAUAGUUUUAUUAUUGUGUCAUUCUCAAUAAUAUUUUCAACAAAAGACAUUUACAGUUGCAGACAAAAGUAUUGGCACCCUACGUGUAUUAUACCAUAAUUCAAGGUAACAGAUUAAGGAUUUAGCAAACUAUAAACGCUUUUUAAUAAAACAAAAUACAGAAUUUCUGUAUUCUAACCAAUUAUAUUUCUAAAAAAAUCAAACAAGCUUAUUUUAAUAUGUUCCACUUGUUGGUGAAAUCUGGGCCCAUUCUGUCUGCAUAUUCCCUUCAGCUCAGACAGAUUGGAUACACAAUGGUUGGCUACAUCUUUUUUCAGAUCAGUCCAAAGCAUUUCUAUUAUCUGUGAUGAUUGUGAAGGUCAUUCCAGAAAUGUUGUUUUUGUUUUCUUAAAUUCCAGAGUUGUGUUUUGGGUUGUUGUCGUGUUGGAAGAUAAACUGUCUGCCAAUCAGCCGAUGAGCAAAUGGAAUCAUUGUACUGUGUAGAAUGUUUUGAUCAUGGCUGUAUUCAUUCAAUCUUAAAUCACAUGAAUGUCUCCAGUCCCUGAACUGGUAAAACAAAACACCCCAUAUCAUGAUCAUACCACCUCCAUGUUUAUUUUAGAGCAGAGGAUUUUGUUGAAUGUUCAUUGAAAGUGUUUUGCAGCGAGGUCUACAUCUACAGCUCUUCUGUGUUCAGGUGCCUUUGUACAGUUCUUUCAUGCACUAUUAUGCCUCAUGAUUCUAAAUCUUUGUUUUAAGUCCUUGGCUGUUAACCUUGGAUGUUUUUAGCAGCUCGGACGAUUCUCCUACCUGCUGUACCAGUCAUUUUCUGUGGAGGUCCACUUCUUAGUUGGAUUUGUUCAUUGGGUGUUCUUGAUUAUUGCUCUGAUUGUGGAUUUUGAUGAUUCAUAUUUCUUUGAUACUGUUCUGAAGCCAUUUCCUUUGUUGUAGUUUUGCUACGAGUGCUUUUCUCAAAAUUGAAUCCAACUCCUUUUUCUUGACCAUCAUCUGCUGUGUUGCCAAAAUGUUGUUCUUCAACAGAUGUGGGAAAUAGUGAGCUCUUUUUCCAGAUAAUAACUUUUAUAAAGCAGCUUUGUUUGCUGUGUAAUGGUUUUCAAUCAAUUAAUAUAUAUUUUAAUCAGUUCUAUUAAAUUUUUAGACUUUUAAUGUAAAGGUGCCAGUACCUUUGUCGUAAACACAUAUUUGAAAUUGCUUGAGUGCUUUUUAAAAAGAUUGUUUGUUAAACUACCAGAAAUUGUGUAUUUUGGUCUUUUGUCAUAAUAAUCAGUGGCUAAUGUUCACUAAAUGCUUGUAUUUGAAUGAUCUUAUGUGAAGUAUAGGGUGCCGAUACUUUUGUCUGAAACGUGUAGCAUUCGAGUGAAUUUCAAGUUCCGGGUUACAUUUUUUUUUUUUUUACUAAACUUAAAAUGUAAGUGACGUUUUGUUAAGCAUUUUAAAAACUGCAGCCAUGUUUAUAUAUUUAAUUGCACAAUGAGGUUUCUAAGAAGGGAGCAUGUGUGCAUCUAUUCAGCUUAUUGCACAAUAGUGUCUGCAUUGCCAAUAUCUCAUUGUAUACACUUCCUUAAAGCAUCUUAAAAAGAUAAAACUUCAAUUAAAACAUGUAAAAUAUACUCUACUGCCAUAAAAAAACAAAUGCCUGUACACAGAUGGGAAUCUUCUAUGGCAUUUUAAAUAACUGCAUUUAUUUAACUACAAGUUCAAUCUACUUUGAUAAAGUUUCACUUUAAUGUUCCAUUGUGGUGACAUAUGUAUUUAUAUCAUGUAUUUAUAUAGAUCCUUGUAGCAGUGUUUACCAAGGGUUAAACAUUCCCACUGGAGCCUUUAGCCCCAUUUUCUUCUGUUGAAAAUCUUUUGUUUUUCUGAAGUUUAUCUAAAGGACAGUGACUGUCUCAGCGCAGUGAAUGUCUCGGCACUCCUUUAAGAGUCCAGGUGUCUUUCUUUUGUGUUGAUGACAGCAUGAAGUCAACACAUUUAACUUUUAGUAUUUCUACUAACACUCUGGCUUUACAUCUUUGUCAGUGUCUUUGUAAUAUGAUGAAUGGGUAAAGAAAUGCCUUCCUUAAAACAGUUCACAUUUGUUAAGGGCACUGCAGUCUGCCAAGUAGGACAUGUGGAGGAGUUUCUGAACUGAACAGAAUGUGGAGGUUCUUGUGUAUGUGUAUAGCUCUGAUAGGUUGCCUUUUGUAAUUCAUAUAAACAUUCCUUAUGUUGCUUGCACCUAAACAUUUUGUGCUCUGUAAAAUUGCCCCACAUUUUCUAGCACAACCUUGUAAAAUAAUGUAAUCUUUGCUUUGUUUCAGAGUUUUGCUGUUAUUUGAGCUUCCAAAUGUAAAUGUCCCUUUUUAAACAACAGAAAAGCCUUCUGGUGUCUGUGUAUAUAGUUUUGUUUUGUAUGAAAACUGCAUGCCAAUAACACAUUUGACCAAUCCUGAGACUGUGUACAUACCCUCUGUAUAAAGUUCAGGAUGUUUCUUAAAAGGUUUCAUGGAUAAGAAAAAUAAAAUGUUCUUUUCCAAAGUA